CUCUACAUUUUGACCCACGUUUGCCUUGCCGUCUCCAUGCUGUGCCUCUUGUUCACGCUGAUGACCUACUUUUCGUUUCCCGUCCUCCGGAGCGUUGCAGGCAUGAAUAAUAUAUUUUUGUGCACGAGCCUGUUGUUGGCACAGGGGUCCCUGAUCGCCAGCUCCCACGUGACAAGCCCCAGCAGAUUUUGCACGGCGCUGGGGAUGUGCACCCACUUCCUGUGGCUGUGUAUGUUUGCCUGGAGCUUCACGUGCUGCUAUCACAUGUUUCGGAUAUUCACCGCGAAAACCCGGAACGUGCUCAACACGUCCCGAUCCGGCCGACUUCACAUGCUCAUGAAGAUCACGCUCUGCUCACUGGCCCCUGCCCUGUUAAUCGCCAUCGUCAUAGCAACCGUUUACUUCACUUCCGGCGGGGAGAGGAUCGGCUACGGCCUGCAGAGCUGCUACUUAGAUUCGGGGUUCCUCGUCGCCGUGACGGUCGUGCUUCCCAUAGGCCUCGUUCUGGUGUGCAACGGGUCGUUUUUCUUCGUCACCAUCUUUCAGAUCAGCAGCGUGCGGAAGAUACAGAAACACGGCAGUUUUAAGAAAAACGACCGUAAGAACAUGUUUAUUUACAUCAAACUGUCCACGAUGACCUGCACGUUCUGGACUUUAGGCAUCGUUGCUGAGGCGAUUAACAACGACCCGUUGAGGGUCAUCUACAUAGUGCUGAAUGGUCUCCAGGGAGUGUUUAUCUUCAUGUCAUACGUCUGCAACAAGCGCGUGCUGCAUCUUUACCUG